ACAAAAUGAUAUUAGAACAAUUUCAAUAGGUUGAUGAGUAUAUAAUGUACUUAAUUUAAUUUCAAGGACUCGUACUGUAGUAGACGACGUGGGCUGAAUAGAGUCAAUUAAACCACUGUCGUACUCCUAAAAACAAAUACAGUAGAAACUCUACCUACGAAAUUAAUUCGUUCCGGAAGCCUCUUCAUAAGUAGAUAUUCCGUAUGUGGGGACAAAUUUUACUUGUAAAUGCCCUAAUCCGUUCCAAGCUCUCUCAAAACUAGGACAUAAUAUCCGCAUAAAUUAAAAUAAUGAUUAAAACCCGUAGCAAAUACAUGUCAUUAUUCGAUUACUGCAUAAUAAAUAAGACAGGGUACACAGGGAAAGAAGAAAGAUCAGAGAAAUAACGAAUUAAAAACCACGAACGGUAUUUUUGUUUACCUUUGUCGUUGGCCGUCUAGGCUAAGCGAAGACCGCGGUGAAUGAGAAAACAGCGGUCGGGGGAGGUGAGAGAAAGCGUUAAAAGUUGACAGUUGAGAGAGAACGUAAUGUACGAAAAUAAGCACCCUCACAUGAAAAUUAUAAUUUAUUCUUUUAUAUUUUUGCUUUCCUUUUUAUUAUUUUGCUAUUCUAGUUUUAUUUUUUCCAUCGUUUUAUUUUGUUUCAACUGUUACGCUAAAUCGUCUCAUCACUGAAUUUUGUUAGCAACUGAAACUUAGUGAGGCAAAUUGCACGUACCUGCGGGAAACAAACUGGCCAAUGCGGUGGCAACUAGUUGCUGGGUGAUCUUCAGGGCAACUACCACAGGCUUCAUUUUUAUUUUGAUCACUGAUUCAAGUCGGCGCUGAUUUAAAUAUUUCAUGUCGGCUGUUAUGAUUUUAUUUUUGAUUAUAAAUUAAUACCCUCAAAUUAAACUGAACGAUAUUGUCAUCAACGACUCGAUAACGAUACGAACGAUAACGAUAAAAUCCGUGAUUGAAACUAAAUAUUAUUUAAUUAGGAACUACCAUAUACGCUCUAAAUUGCAAUAAAUGAAGAAAUUUCUGUCAUGUUCGGUCACUAUCGAAAAUGAGGAUGAAAACAAUUAAUUACGACAAAAUUUCCUUUGAGAUUUAUUGACGAGGCCGCACGAACUAUCUCGACUAAAUUAAAUUACCGUAUACGAUAAUAAUUUUUAUAUUAUUUUCAAUCAAAAUGUAAUCAAUCAAAAUGUAAACACAUCAAGUCGAUGCUAAUUGAAAUCCCUUCAUGUCGGCUGUAACUUAUUGACGUGCCUCACAAGUCCGCAUUUGAUUACGAUAAAAAUGAAAAAAAAAAUGGAAUGCUAGGAUUUGUGCGUAUUCGAUAUUCUUAUAAACACGAAAAACGAUACUGCAGUGAGUGUAGUUUAUAUAUUAUGUGUACCUUACUUUAAUUAUGAACGUUGUUUCUAUUCCAUUAUCACGAUCGACUAUUACAGCUAAUAUUGCGGAAAAUCCUCUGAUGCCUCUACUAGACUACGGAGCUUUACAGAUUUGCAUGAAGGUAUCCGUGGCUAAAAAUCUUGGCCUCAUCCUCUAUGGUUCAAACACUGUAAUUGGACAUGCUUCGAACGAAGCAGUUGCGCAGACAAUUGGGUUCGUUGAUGCACCUCUGGAGGUUGGAACGAAAGUGUGUUGUGCUAUAAAGUUUGGUGUUGUGAAAAAUCAGUGUGCGGACAUCAUACUGGGCCAAGAUUUUCUGAGCAAUCAUCGAGUUGUCUUCAAAUUCAACGGAGACUGCGACUCCUUGUCCGUUCGUAAAAAGGGCUGCAAUUUGGCUAGCGUCAAACAUGCUAGAACUACCUGCUUAUCAGAAAAAGCUCACCGAAAUAUCAAGAAGGAGGAUGUUAAAUUCCUGUGACUUAGCAUAACGCUUUUUGGGAGACCCGUCGUUCCGCUAGAAUACGG